AUAGGCUAAACAUGAUUUGCAAAUCAUUGUAUUCUGUUUUUAUUUAUGUUUAACACAACGUAACAACUUCAUUGGAAUUGGGGUUGUACUUUUUUCAGAUUCGAUUUCUGUGAUCACUGGAUUUUUCUUGUAUGUGUUAAACAGAUGUAUUUGAACAUCUGUCUUAAAAUGAGAGUGCAUCAAUAUUUUAGAAAUUUUUCUAAAACUUGUUUAACUUCAGUAUCAAUGAGCUAAAAUUGUAACAUUUUGAACAAGAAUGAGGAAUUCACCUUUUUAUACUCAAAUUUGAGCCAGCUCACUGGGUCUCUCUGGGAAAUCAGAAAUUAAUUAAGCACAACAUUUGACAACUGAAACCUUUUUUUUCCUCUUCAGGAGUGCAAGUAAUGAUCUAUAUUUUGACAUAUUAAUCAAGAAAUGAUAAUGUGUUUUCCUAUUUUUUCAAGGUGUUUUUUUUAAUAGUUAAUUUGAAAUUGCAUGGAUAACAAUCGUAAUUUUUGCAUUUAAAAUGUUUCCAAUAAAGAGCUUCACCAUUAUAGAAGGAGAAAGCUUUUCACAAUUACAAAUAUAUAGAGAGCCUUUCAAGGGACCCAAGGAUGUUUGUGUGCUUAACCAUAAAUAUGACGAUUGCUUUGGGUGGUGGUCAAAGAUAUAACUAACUUUAAUGUGUUCUUUCAUUAGUCAUCUGAAUAGGGGCUCAGCACCCCAGAAGUUCAAUUCCAGGAUUCGUCCCUGAUGACUGUGAUUCCAGAAGACUGAAAAGCUCUGGACACAGCUCCAGUGCAAGCAAAGCUGUGGAAGGGAACAACACCAUCACUUAACAUCACUUAAAACACACUGAAUAACACUCUGCACGACAACCAGCUACACCGAGCGCAUUUCCAUGUCUAAGUCAGCCCAGAUGCCACUGUCCAACAUAACGGUGUCAAAGCCCUCAAUCUCUCGGGUCCCCAGCAGCAUGGAGGGAAUCAACCAUGAGCUAGAGAAGGUCUUCAUCAAAGACAAUGGAGAGAAGGAGGAGUUAAAGUCCCUCGAGGUUCCUGAUGGCCGCCGGGCACCUUUUCCUCCCCAGCAGCGCAGCAGCAGCUCCAGGGGCACCGACAUCCAAAUUCCCUCAGCUCCCGGGCGGUCCAGCAGUUGCUCCAGCCUGUCACCGUGCCCCUCACCCGCCUGUCCAUCAGGAUCACAUGACAGCAGUCCUUAUUCCACAGAGGAUUUACUCGAUGAUCCUGAUAAAGACAGUGAGAGUAGCUCGCCAUUACCCAAAUUUGCCUCCUCACCCAAACCCAACAACAGCUACAUGUUCAAGCGAGAGCCGCCCGAAGGUUGUGAGAAGAUUAAAGCCUUUGAGGAGAUUAGCUCCAGACAGUCCACAUCAGCAUCAGUUCCUCUUUUCUCCUGUCCCGACAAAAACAAGGUUAACUUCAUUCCGACUGGCUCUGCAUUCUGCCCCGUUAAACUCCCAGGCUCCUUACACCUCAUGUCAGCCGUACAGUCCGAAGAGAAUGAGGACGAGACGGAGCUUCAGGGGGUGACAACAUUCCAUGGGGUCUCUGCUCAAGCCUCUACAAGCAGCGCCACAGAUGAUCCUCCAGGGGUGCCAAGCUUACCCCCAGAGACCCCAAAUAACCAGACUGACAGUCCAGGCAUCAGCUAGACCUGAGCAGAGCUGGUCUCUAGCUCUAGGUUUUACCUUUGUGAAGUAUGACCAGUGACUCUCCCAAAACACCUUCUGCUCUGCCAAGAGAGCAUCGGUAUCUCUGUGCUGACCCCUCCAACUCAUGUUCUCUUUCUGCAUGAUGUACAAACUGUCUCCAGCACCAAUAACCACUUUCACCACCAGGACUGCCACGUCAAUGUUCUGUCCUGUAUUAUUCCCUUACUUCUGGCAAGGAAAAUAAUAGUUUAUCAUGUGCAGGAAUUAUAGGGAAGGUUGGAGCACCAUGGAAGGGAGAUGCAUUUUAAGCUGGUAGUAUAUUUGUUCUUAAAUUAUGUAUUGUAUUGUUUCAAACAUUUGCACAAUGAAUAAGCUCUCUAAAUAGAUGCAUGUGUAUGUGAGUGUAAAUAUAUACAACCCCAAUUCCAGUGAAGAUGGGACGUUGUGUUAAACAUAAAAACAGAACACAAUGAUUUGCAAAUCGUGUUCAACCUAUAUUUAAUUUAAUACACUACGGAGACAAGAUAUUGAAUCUUCAAACUGAUAAACUAUUGUUUUUAGCAAUAAUCAUUAACUUAGAAUGUUAUGGCUGCAACACAUUCCAUAAAAGCUGGGACAGGGUCAUGUUUACCACUGUGUUACAUCACCUUUUCUUUUAACGACAUUCAAUAAACGUUUGUUGAAGCUUUGUAGGUGGAAUUCUUUCCCAUUCUAGCUUGAUGUGCAGCUUCGGCUGUUCAACAGUCCGGGGUCUCCGUUGUCAUAUUUUACGCUUCAUAAUGCGCCACACAUUUUCAAUGGGAGACAGGUCUGGACUGCAGGCAGGCCAGUCUAGUACCCGCACUCUUUUACUACGAAGCCACGCUGUUGUAACACGUGCAGAAUGUGGUUUAGCAUUGUCUUGCUGAAAUAAGCAGGGGCGUCCAUGAAAAAGACGUUGCUUGGAUGGCAGCAUAUGUUUCUCCAAAACCUGUAUGUAGCUUUCAGCAUUAAUGGUGUCUUCACAGAUGUGUAAGUUACCCAUGCCGUUGGCACUAACACAGCCCCAUACCAUCACAGAUGCUGGCUUUUGAACUUUGCGUCCAAAACAGUUCGGAUGGUUCUUUUCCUCUUUGGCCUGGAGGACACGACGUCCACCAUUUCCAAAAACAAUUUGAAAUGUGGACUCGUCGGACCACAGAACACUUUUCCACUUUGCAUCGGUCCAUCUGAGAUGAGCUCGGGCCCAGAGAAGCCGGCGGCGUUUCCGGGUGUUGUUGAUAAAUGGCUUUUGCUUUGCACAAUAGACUUUCAAGUUGCACUUACGAAUGUAGCGCCCAACUGUAUUUACUGACAGUGGUUUUCUGAAGUGUUACUGAGCCCAUGUGGUGAUAUCCUUUACACAUUCAUGGCACCCACCUGUUCCCAAUGAGCCUGUUCACCUGUGGGAUGUUCCAAACAGGUGUUUGAUGAGCAUUCCUCACCUUUCUCAGUCUUUUUUGCCACCUGUCCCAGCUUUUCUUGGAACGUGUUGCAGCCAUAAAAUUCUAAUUUAAUGAUUAUUUGCUAAAAACAAUCAAGUUGUUCAGUUUGAACAUUAAAUAUCUUGCCUUUGUAGUGUAUUCAAUUAAAUAUAAGUUGAACACGAUUUGCAAAUCGUUGUAUUCUGUUUUUAUUUGUUUAACACAACGCCACAAUUUCAUUGGAAUUGGGGUUGUGUGUGUAUAUAUAUAUAUAUAUAUAUAUAUAUAUAUAUGACGUGUGUCAGAAAUCUUCCAGGAUUGGUAGAUAUAUAUUUGAUAUCCAAACUAAAAGUUUCCCCCGUUGAAGUAAGUCUUUAAACCCUUCGCUGCCAUUUUACGCAUUCCUGGAAGGAUUCCUCCAUGGUCCUACGCAGCUCCAUCAUCACAGCUAUCUUGAUGUCGUCCAUGUCUUCAAAACGGGUUCCAUUGAUGACCCCCUUGAGCUUAAGAAGGAGAUGGGAGGCAGGGGGGGAAAGAAACUCACACCCAGCUGCCACAACCCUUGCCUCUUCUCGCACACUGAAGAACGCAAACGCCGUAGCCCACAGGAGCUCUUUUUUUUGUGUUUGCUGGUUGAUCUUGUGGCCCACAUUGAAAGCGAAAACCUGUAAUUUGGGGGUUAGGGUUGUGUGUGUUCUGUAUGUACAGUGGGUACAGAAAGUUUUCAGACCCCCUGAAAUUUUUCACUCUUUGUUAUAUUGCAACCAUUUGUUAAAAUCAUUUAAGUUCAUUUUGUUCCUCAUUAAUGUACACACAGCCCCCCAUAUUGACAGAAAAAAAUGGAAUUGUUGAAAUUUUUGCUGAUUUAUUAAAAAAAAAAAAAAAAUGAAAUAUCACACAGCCAUAAGUAUUCAGACCCUUUGCUGUGACACUCAUAUUUAACUUGGGUGCUGUCCAUUUCUUCUGAUCAUCCUUGAGAUGGUUCUACACAUUCGUUGGAGUCCAGCUGUGUUUGAUUAUACUGAUUGGACUUGAUGAGGAAAGCCACACACCUGUCUAUAUAAGACCUCACAGCUCACAGUGCAUGUCAGAGCAAAUGAGAAUCGUGAGGUCAAAGGAACUGCCUGAAGAGCUCAGAGACAGAAUUGUGGCAAGGCACAGAUCUGGCCAAGGUUACAAUACAAAUUCUGCUGCACUUAAGGUUCCUAAGACCACAGUGGCCGCCAUACUCCUUGAAUGGAAGAUGUUUGGGACGACCAGAACCCUUCCUAGAGCUGGCCGUCCGGCCAAACUGAGCAAUCGGGGGAGAAGAGCCUUUGUGAGAGAGGUAAAGAAGAACCCAAAGAUCACUGUGGCUGCGCUCCAGAGAUGCAGUCGGGAGGUGGGAGAAAGUUCUAGAAAGUCAACCACCAUCACUGCAGCCCUCCACCAGUCGGGGCUUUAUGGCAGAGUGGCCCGACGGAAGCCUCUCCUCAGUGCAAGACAUGAAAGCCCGCAUGAGUUUGCUAAAAAACACCUGAAGGACUCCAAGAUGGUGAGGAAUAAGAUUCUGUGGUCUGUUGAGAACAAGAUAGAACUUUUUGGCCUUAAUUCUAAGCGGUAUGUGUGGAGAACACCAUGCACUGCUCAUCAGCUGUCCAAUACAGUCCCAACAGUGAAGCAUGGUGGUGGCAACAUCAUGAUGUGGGGGUGUUUUUCAGCUGCAGGGACUGGACGACUAGUUGCAAUCGAAGGAAAAGAUUAAUUCGGCCAAGUACAGGGAUAUCCUGGACGAAAACCUUCUCCAGAGUGCUCAGGACCUCAGACUGGGCCGAAGGUUCACCUUCCAACAAGACAAUGACCCGAAGCACACAGCGAAAAUAACAAAGGAGUGGCUUCAGAACAACUCCGUGACUGUUCUUGAACUGCCCAGCCAGAGCCCUGACCUAAACCCUAUUGAGCAUCUCUGGAGAGAGCUGAAAAUGGCUGUCCACCAACGUUCACCAUCCAACCUGACAGAACAGAAGAGGAUCUGCAAGGAGGAAUGGCAGAGGAUCCCCAAAUCCGGAUAUCAAAAACGUGUCGCAUCAUUCCCAAAAAGACUCAUGUCUGUUUUAGCUCAAAAGGGUCCUUCUACUAAAUACUGAGCAGAGGGUCUGAAUACUUAUGGCUGUGUGAUAUUUCAUCCAUCCAUCCAUUUUCUUGACCGCUUAUCCUCACUAGGGUCUCGGGCUGCUGGAGCCUAUCCCAGCUGUCUUCGGGCGGGAGGCUGGGUACACCCUGAACCGGUCGCCUGUGUGAUAUUUCAGUUUUUCUUUUUUUAAUAAAUCUGCAAGAAUUAAAUUGUUUUCUGUCAAUAUGGGGUGCUUUGUGUACAUUAAUGUGGAAAACAAAUAAACUUCAAUGAUUUUAGCAAAUGGCUGCAAUAUAAAAAAGGGUGAAAAAUGUAUGGGGCGGUGCAUUUGGGACCCGGGCCCUCAGUGGAGAUUUAAGUGACCCAAUUCAGCCCUUAAUACCACCACCAUCACGUCACAAUUUUACAAACUAUACCAAAAUGCAAUAUUACGUGGCAUUACAGAGAGAGCGAGAUUUUAUUUUAUUAUUUAUCAUUAUUUAUUUGGCUGCAAACUUAGCAAUUGCUACACGGCGUCUUUCACUGUUUAAUGUUGAAUGAAACUAAUAACACAGGUGCUGGCUAUUGUUAACACGGCACUUAUACACGUCUGCUUCUGUGUCGCUAAUUGUUUUUAAAGCACACGCUAUCUUCUCGCAACUGCAUGCAAGUUUUGCUCCUCCAACCAACCAUUGUGACAUUACCACCCGUGCACAAGUCACAUGACGGCUCAAAUAACAUCCAUCCAUCCUCCUCCUCCUCACGCGGGUCGCGGGCGUGCCAGAGCCAAUCCCAGCUAUCUUCGGGCGGUACACCCUGAACUGGUCGCCAGCCAAUCCCAGGUCACAUAUAAACAAACGGCCACACCUAUGAGCAAUUUCAAGUCUUCAAUCAACCUAGCAUGCAUGUUUUUGGAAUGUGGGAGAAAACCGCAGUACCUGUGGAAAACCCACGCAGACAUGGGCAAUAAUACUCGUGAUGGGCAAAUGAUAGCGAGGCUUUGGAGCUUGUGUCACUCUUCCUGAAGCGGCGCGAUUCGAAACGCUGUGUCAUGAAACAGUGCCAGUGCUCUUUAGAGGUUGCUAUGACUUCAGUUGUCCACCAGGUGGCACCGUCACUGAAGCCUUGGAGCUUGGAAUCUUUUUUGGGCACCAGAGUUAGGAAAGCCUCAGUGCUUCAUGAGGCUUGACUUGCCCACCACUAAAUAAUUCACAAAUGAAGAAGAUGAAGCAAACAAACAAAAAAAUGCUAAAGACACCAACAUUUCAUAGAUGAACACUUGUGGAAAUACUUGCAAAUUCAAAAUUUGUGUGACUCCUUGAAUACAAUUCCUCUCUUCGUGUAUA